CACACCUCCUAGUCCUCUCCCAUUUCCUAGUCUAGCCUAGUCUUCCUCUCUCCUCCAUCCCAGCACGCGACGCGCCUCCUCCGUAGCAAUAGGGGCGGGCGGUGGGUGGACCUUCCGCCUCCGGAUUCGGCCGAGCUCCCAGGCGCGACGGCCGGAGGAGCCUAGACCCCGCGCGCGCGCGCCGUCGAUCCAUGGACGGCGGGCCGCCGGGCCCGCCCGCGGGGAUGGACGACGACUCGCACUUCCUCGGAUCGAUGAUGGGGGACACCGUCCUCGCCCAGCCCGCCGCCGACCCGGCCCCACCCCCAGCUACAGCUCCACCUCCGUCCCAAAUAGCGCCGCCGCCGAAGAAGAGGAGGGGGAGGCCGCCCAGGAACCAGGCCGCCGCGGCCGCCCCCGCCGCCGCGGCCCCAACAGCCGCCGCCGCCAGGAAGAAGAAGGAGGAGGACGACGAGGAGGUCGUCUGCUUCAUCUGCUUCGACGGGGGAGACCUCGUCGUCUGCGAUCGGAGGGGCUGCCCCAAGGUGUACCAUCCGGCCUGCGUCAAGCGGGACGACGCCUUCUUCCAGGGGCGCAGCAAGUGGAACUGCGGCUGGCACAUAUGCAGCAGCUGCGAGAAGGCCGCGGUGCACUACAUGUGCUACACCUGCACCUUCUCCGUCUGCAAAGUCUGCAUCAAGCACGGCAAGUUCUUCAGCGUCAGGGGGAACAAGGGCUUCUGCGACACCUGCUACGGGACCAUAGUGUUGGUAGAGGCAAAAGACGAAGGCGGUGAUACGACUAAGGUUAAGGUUGAUUUUGAUGAUCGAUUGAGCUGGGAAUACCUGUUCAAGCUAUAUUGGUUGGAUCUGAAAGGGAAGCUUUCAUUAACAAUGGAAGAACUGACUGAUGCCAAGAGUCGAUGGAAUGCUCCUAUCACGUACGCUAGCAAAGAAAAGGAUGAAUCAUCUGAUGAUCUAUAUGAUGCUAAUUAUGAUGAGGGUGCUGGUUCCGACUGCUCCUCAGGAAAACGAAAGCGUGCUAAUGCUUCAAGGAAAAAGGGUCAAAGACGACGAAAAGCACAUUCUGUUUGUAAUGUAAAAGUUGAAAAUGCAGAGAUCGCAACUGGAAAUGCAGAAAGUCUGCCCAAGAAAGAACCAAGUGAAGGGGUGUCGUUGGAUACCAAAUGGGCUUCACCAGAGUUACUCGAGUUUGUGGGGCACAUGAGAGAUGGUGACCAAUCUUUUAUUUCCCAGUUUGACGUGCAGGCUAUUUUGCUUGAAUACAUAAAAAAGAAUGACCUCCGCAAUCCUCGAAGGAAAAGUCAAAUUAUCUGUGAUUCAAGGCUUCACCGCUUGUUCAGAAAAACGCAUGUUGCUCAUUUUGAGAUGUUGAGGCUUCUGGAGAUGCAUUUUCUUGCAAGUGAUGCUUCAACUGUAAAUAAUGGCAACCAUGAGACCAUCAAUGUUAAUGCAGCUCAGAUAGAUGACAGUGGAUAUGGUGAGAUAACAGACAAACCGUGUCCUGGUAGGAAGAAGAGGAUGCAUAGAAAGAUAGAAAGAGAACCACUGGCAAAUCUCAAGGAUUACGCAGCAAUUGAUAUGCACAAUAUAAAUUUAAUUUACAUGCGUCGCAGCUUGAUGGAAGAUCUUCUUGAUGAUCCCACAUUCCCAGACAAAAUUUCUGGGGGUUUUGUGAGGAUAAAAAUUACCGAUGUUGGACAGAAGCAACAUAUGUAUCGUCUUGUAAAAGUAGUUGGGACGCAUAAGGUUUCAGAAAAAUACAGCACGGGGAAGAAAACAACAAAUUUUGCACUCGAGAUAUUAAAUCUAAGCAAAAAGGAGAUUAUCACGAUGGAUACAAUAUCAAAUCAGGACUUUACAGAGGAGGAGUGCAGACGCUUGAGGCAGAGCAUGAAGUAUAAUCUAAUCAGCCGACUAAAAGUGGGUGAUAUUCAAGAGAAAGCCACGAUCUUCCAGUCUGUAAGAUUUAAUGAUCGGUUGGAAAAUGAGAAGCAGAGGCUGGGCUAUCUUCGAGACCGUGCAAGUGAAACAGGACGCAAAAAGGAACUUCGAGAGUAUGUGGAAAAGCUGGAGCUUCUGAACACUUCCGAGGAAAGAACGCGCAUAAUGAAUGAACUUCUAGAAGUACAUGUUGAUUCUCAUAUGGAUCCAGAGUAUGAUUCUGCUGAAGAAAUGGAGGAUAAACCGGCUGUUGAACAGAAUGAAAAUGGCAAAAGAUCAAAGGGGUUCUCACCAAUUAAAGUGCAAAAUUUUGCAAAGAAAAUGGCUGAUGCUAUCCGCCAUCCCAAAAACCUAUCUAAACAGAGUACAUCACAGAAAUUGGGAGCAGUAAGAAACUCCAAGAAUUUCCAUUCAACAAAUGGUAUGGAUAUUCCAAAAUCUGGCACGAAUAUAAGCAGCAGGAUCUCAGAAGCUGCACCCCUUUCAUCUUCCCCAGUAAAACUAUCAAGUGACAUAGAGCCAGAGAAAGUAUGGCAUUACAAGGAUCCUUCUGGAAAUGUCCAGGGUCCAUUUACUCUUUUGCAGCUAUCUAAAUGGACAGCUUACUUCCCACGUGACCUGAGAGUAUGGCUGAUCUUUGAGAGUGAAGAAAGAUCAUUGCUGUUGACAGAAGUGCUUUCAAAACAACCAAAAGAUUUUGGUCAGGCUGCGUUAGUUAGAAGUUGUAAAACAACAUUGGCAGGCUCUGCACAGCACAGAAACAGCUCAAACGUGGAUAUGAAUAGCACGCUGUCCCCAGUUGGUUAUAAUAUGUCUUCUAUUCCAGAAAGGGGAAGUGCGCACGCUUCAGAUGGCAGGUUUUCUCUAAAAACAAGCUCAGUUCCACCAAAGGAUGCUGACAAUGAUAAUUGUCGAAUUCAGCAGCAUGCCAAGUAUUCAGGUUUUGUUUCAUCUUCUGGGAGUCUACAUGCACAGCCAGACUUGAAACAUGAUGGAGUACAUGGAAGAUGCUCUGCUGAAUGGAAUAAUGGCCACAGCCGGGGCGAUCUGUGGAGUCCAAGCACGACACAGGCAAGUUGCAGCGGGCAGAAUAGUGUAGAAUCUCAUAAUAAUCAUCAUGCCUCGCGGUCACUGGUUCAGCAUGAUCCUAAAAGUAGUUUACAAGAAGGUUCUCUAAAGGAUUUAGAUUUGAGGCAGGAACAUUCACGGACUAUACCUACUCAACUAGCCAGGAGAGAUAUCCCCAGCCCUGUACUUGCUUUGAGCCCAUCUGAGUCCAGAACUGCUUCAAGUCAAUAUGAAAGCUCUUGUUUGAGUUCAACCAAUCCGAGCCUUCAUGAUGAACUUCAUUCUUCCAUUACUUCAGAAAAGGCUAAGAGUUGUGCUCCUGCAAGUUCUGUUGAAGACAGAGGAUCUAGUUCGCCGUCUGGCAUGCUGACCCACUCUGAAAGAGUUCCAGCCAUUUCUGAAACAUGCAAGGUGGGGGAGAUAAAGAACGAGCAAAAAAUAUGUGAAGCUGAUGCAUCAAAUGCUUCAGUUAACCAGUCUCCUCAGUCCAAGAUGUUCCCUGAUUCUUCUCCUGAUAACCAAGAUAUUGAACGUGAAUACCCUAGUGCAACUCAGAAGUCUGAGAGUAAGAAAUCUAUGGACCAAUCAGGGCCAACAUCAUUACCACUUGAAAUUUUAGAUGCUAAGAUACCUGACCACUUGCCAGUUGAUAUUGUUUCGCAAAAAUCUGAUCUUCCAAUUGAUGAAAAACGUGCUACGGAUUCAGUAUCUAACCAACAAAAAGCAGAUUUAAUUGGAGAAGACUCGCAUACUCAAAAAGAAUGCUACAGAGAGCCUAUUCUUGCCCCAAUGGAGAAAUCAGUAGCUGAUCCUACUUCUUGUGCUGAGGCGAUAGAUGCUCCUGAUGUUCCGGAAUUAGUAUCUGGUCCUCCAACUGAGGAAAUGGGGGUCACGGAUUCAGUACCUAACAUUGAGAAAGCAGAUUUGAAUGGUGAAGAUUCAAAUACUCAAAAAGAGCGUUACAGUGAGGCUACUCUUCUCACAAGGGAGAAAUUGAUAGCUGAUCCUGUUUCCUGUGCUGAGACGCUUAAUGUGUCUGAUGUUCCGGAAUCAGUAUCUAAUCUAGAGAAAAGAGAUUCUAAGGGUCAAGAUUCAAGUAUUCAAAAAGAAUUGUACAAGGAGUCUGGUCUUGUCGCGAGUGAGAAAUUGAUAGCUGAUCCUGUUCCCUGUGCUGAGACGAUUAACGUGUUUGAUGUUCCGGAAUCAGUAUCUAAUCUAGAGAAAAGAGAUUCUAAGGGUCAAGAUUCAAGUAUUCAAAAAGAAAAUAUCCAAGAAGAACUGUAUAGCAAAGCUGCUCUUGUCACAACUGAGAAAAUGGUGGCUGAACCCACCUCUUGUUCCAAGUCAAUAGAUGUCUCCAAUGUUUUGCAAUCAGUAUCUAACCUGGAGCGAAGAGAUCUGAAAGAUGAAGAUUCAGUUAUUCAAAAGGAAUUGUUUAGCGAGUCCACUCCUGUCACAAGUGAGAAAAUGGUGGUUGAACCUGUCUCUUGGUCUGAGUCAAUAGAUGUGUCUGAUGUUUUGCAAUCAGUAUCUAAUCUGGAAAGAAGAAAUCUAAAAGAUAAAGAUUCAGUUAUUCAAAAGGAACUGUUCAGUGAGUCUACUCUUGUCACAAGUGAGAAAUUGGUGGUUGAUCCUGCUCCUUGUGCUGAGUCGAUUGAUGUCUCCGAUGUCUUGGACUCAGUAUUUAACCUAGAGAGAGCAGGUUUGAAAGGUGAACACUCGAAUAUUCACAAGGAAUUGCGGGAGGAGUCUACUACUGUCACAAGGGAGAACAUAGUAAUUGAGCCUCCCUCUUGUGAGUCAGUACAUGUGUCUGGUGUUGUGGGAUCAGUAUUUAACUUGAAUAAGACAUAUUUAGAAGGUGAAGGCUCAGAUGUUCAGAAAGAAUUGCAUGAAGGGUCUACUCUUGUCACAAGAGAGAACGUGGUGCCUGAUGCCUUGGAGUCUUUAAUAGAACGGAAUCGUGGGACUUUGUGCAUGGAUGCGAUAGCAGCAAUAGAAGAAUUCAUGACCACUUCACCUGGGGAAGAACCACAAUGCUCUAGCCCCAUCGCAUUAUCUCCCUGGGGUGAAUCUGGUUACUAUCAAGGUGAUGCUGUUGAUUCUGGGCUAUGGGGUGUCCAAGAUGACCCAAUCAAUGAUAUGUGGUCAUUGCUGUCACCGACGCCUGCUCCCCAACAUUUAUCUGGGGCUAAAUCCGAUGGGAGCAGCAUUCACGGUAUCAAUGCGGUAGCUGCUACCCAAGGAGAGAUUGAUUUUUUCCAAAGAGGUCCAACACCAGGGGAGUAUUGGGGAUUGACUGAGCAGGAGAAACCGAAAGCAACUGCUGCGCCAGUAUCAUCAUCAGUAGAUUUGAACACAGGAUUAUUUGGUUGGCAACCAUCAGCCAGUGAGAGGCCAAUCAUGGAAGCCGCGUGGAGCACUAGCCAGAAUCCAAACUUUUACUACAAUUACCAAACAGCAGCAUCAGUUAGAACCUCUCAGGAAGCAUCAGUGAAGCGGGAAGUAUUCACUGAAUUUGAUGCCGCUAAUUCGGGAGGAGCGCUAGGGAACAACACGAAGAGCUGGAACGCGUCCACUGGUAAUGCCAACCGAGGCAGCCAGCGCCGUGACAGGUACUCUCAGAUCAGCGAGUCCUGGCUUCUCAGCUCAAACAACUCUAGGAGUAGGUCAGAUGCACUUGGCGGCGGGACAUCACGAACAGCCCCGAGGGGGGCAUGUAAAUUCCACGAGAACGGGUACUGCAGGAAGGGUUCCUCCUGUAACUACCUGCACCGUUAAUAAUUUGUGUCUACGGUAGAGAAGAAGAUGAUUUUGAGGUUCUUUGCUCCACUUUUGUAUAGUCUAAUCACGGUGGUAGUCAACUUAGGGCGCACACGAUCUUCUUGGCUCCAUUCAAUUGUAGUAGUAAGGAGUACCGAGUAAUAUAUGUGUAGCGUAGGAGCAUUUCUGAGUGUCUGUCUGUCCCCAGGUAGAUUUCUCUGCUGGGUCAUGGCAUAAUCGAAUGGAACUGCAUUUGUACCAAAAACUAUUUCAUCGUGGCCUCGAUUUGCCUGAUGUAUUGUGAACUGUGAUAUCUAACUGGCUGCCCUAGCUUUCUUUUC